GUGCGCCUACGUCAUCACUGCACUAGCUGUAUACUGCUAGCUGAGAAUACGAAUAUUCUGAUCUUGGUGAAGUUAUCCCCAUGCCGAUACUGCUUUCUAAUUUUGUGACAGAAAGAUUCUACCAUUUUUGUCAUUUACAUGCAAGAAUAAGUUUCUCUUUACGGGAUUUGAUCAGUCCUGAGUGCUAUAAACGCUUGAGCUUUGUACAAAAGAGAGAAUGGUGCGGGUAAUUUUCUUGCAUCCUGAUUUGGGCAUUGGAGGAGCCGAGCGCCUGGUCGUUGAUGCCGCUCUAGCCCUGCAGACCCGGCGACAUUCUGUGAAGAUCUACACUGCCCACCACGACCCCACUCAUUGUUUCAAGGAAACAAGUGAUGGCACUCUUGAGGUCGUGACAGCAGGAGACUGGCUUCCAAGAAAUAUUUUUGGAUCCUGCUACGCACUCUGCGCUUACAUCCGGAUGAUAUAUGUCGCCCUCUAUUUACUCCUGUUCAGCCGUGAACCGUAUGAUGUCAUCAUCUGCGAUCAGAUUUCUGCCUGUAUUCCGUUCCUGAAGCUGGGUAGAUCCAAAGUGCUGUUCUAUUGUCACUUUCCGGAUCUGUUGCUGACGAAGCGACAGAGUUUCCUCAAGAAAUUGUACCGAACUCCUAUAGACUGGCUGGAGGAGAAGACUACCGGCAUGUCCGAUUGCAUAGUGGUCAACAGUAACUUCACUGCGGAUACUUUCAAGCAGACCUUCACCACCCUCAAGGACGUCCAGCCCGAUGUCCUCUACCCAUCCCUCAACUUCAGCGCCUUCAACGCCCGCGUAGAGCCUGCAGGUGACCUCAUACCAGUAGGGGUCAAGACACUCUUCCUGUCGAUCAAUCGCUAUGAAAGAAAGAAGAACCUUGUAUUGGCGAUAGAAGCUAUGGGUGAAUUGAAAUCCAGGCUGUCGGAGGAUGAAUGGCAGAACGUCCACCUCGUCAUGGCAGGAGGCUACGACGGACGUGUCACCGAAAACCUGGAGCACUACGAAGAGCUCGUCCAACGUGCUGAGGAACUUAAGCUAACUGAUCAUGUGACCUUUAUCCGUUCCUUCAGCGAUGCUCAGAAGCUCACUCUCCUUGAUAGCUGCACUUGCCUGCUCUACACUCCAUCAAACGAACACUUUGGUAUCGUCCCUAUAGAAGCCAUGUACAUGUAUCGUCCGGUUAUAGCGGUGAAUAGCGGGGGUCCGCUAGAAACCAUCGCUCAUAAACAGACAGGGUUUCUUUGCGAGCCUUCUGCAGCUAGUUUUGCGCCUGCACUGGAGCGUUUCGUGCGGGAGCCAGACCUGAAGAAUAGACUAGGAAAAGCAGGGAGAGAUAGAGUCAUCAACAAUUUCUCAUUUAGAGCCUUUGGCAAUAAGUUAGAGAAAUUGGUGAAAAGAGUUCAUAGGUUGUAGGUAGAUCGUGUAGCGCAUUAACAACUACUAAAUUAUCUACUUUAAAUUAAAUGUGCUGUUUAAGCUACUAUUCAAAAUGGCAUUUAGUAAAUUAUUUGUUGCUUAAUUAGUGAGUGACUCUUGCAAGGAAACAUUUGUCAGAAGGCAGAAAGUAGAUACCAAUUUCAAUUGAUGUCCAAGAAAUACACAUUCCAAAAAAUGAAAGCCUUUAUGUAUUAGAUUUAAUGCAGCAAGCAAGAAAACACUAUGAAAUAAUCAAUGUUACUGUGAUGUAAUGAUUCUUAGAGUGGUAUAUUGUGGGUAUGGUAUCAAUUGUUCAGGUUUCUAUUCCACUUGGAGAUGUCUUUAUUGGUGUCUCGAAUUUCUUAGCACAAUAGGCCAGUGUCAUAUUGUACAUUUGAAUGCUUAAUAUGUUUUUACAAUUAAUUUUAGUUGUUUUAGUUUCAUUUUAUUUCAUUGAAAGAUUUAUUCUUUCAAUGUAACAGCUGGUGCUCAAAAUGUCUUAUUAAUUUAUUAUAGAUUACAAAUCUAAGUGGUAUUAUUGUGGGUAAGAGGUAUCAAUUGUUCAGGGUUUUAUUCCACUUAGCGAUUUCUUUAUUGGUGUC